AUGAUACUCCGCGGGGCGAUCUUCGUCUUGUUGGCUCUAGUAUCGCUUGCCUUCUGCGCCGAAGACUUCUACAAGAUCUUGGGAGUCGACAAAUCUGCGACAGAUAAGCAGCUGAAGUCUGCCUACCGCCAACUUUCGAAGAAGUUCCAUCCAGACAAGAAUCCAGGCGAUGAAACAGCACACGAGAAGUUUGUUGAAGUCUCCGAAGCCUACGAAGUGCUAAGCGAUUCCGAGCUUCGAAAAGUCUACGAUCGGUAUGGCCACGACGGCGUCCAGUCCCAUCGUCAACGUGGUGGAGGCGGUGGUGGAGGCGAUCCCUUCGACCUAUUCAGCAGAUUCUUUGGUGGCCAUGGACAUUUUGGAAGAUCGAGUCGCGAGCCCCGAGGCAGCAAUGUCGAGGUCAAGGUAGAAAUUUCUCUUCGUGACUUUUACAACGGCGCCACAACCGAGUUCCAAUGGGAGAAGCAACACAUCUGUGAGAGAUGCGAGGGCUCAGGCAGCGCAGACGGAAAAGUCGAGACUUGCAACGUUUGCGGUGGGCACGGUAUCCGAAUUGUCAAGCAACAACUUGCCCCCGGCAUGUUCCAGCAGAUGCAGGUUCGCUGCGAUCACUGUGGCGGUACGGGCAAGAGCAUCAAGAACAAGUGUCCCACCUGCCAUGGCAAUCGGGUUGAGCGUAAAUUGUCAACGGUUAGCCUGACUGUCGAGCGCGGUAUUGGUCGAGAUGCAAAGGUGGUCUUUGAGAAUGAGGCCGACCAAAGCCCAGACUGGGUUCCCGGCGACCUCAUUGUCAAUCUUGCCGAGGCAACCCCGUCGUAUGAUGAUAACCCCGACCAAGUUGACGGCACCUUCUUCCGACGCAAAGGCCACGAUUUAUACUGGACAGAAGUUCUCUCUCUGCGUGAGGCCUGGAUGGGCGGCUGGACUCGCAACCUCACUCACCUCGACAAGCACGUUGUGCGCCUCGGUCGCGAGCGUGGCCAAGUCGUCCAAGGUGGCCUGGUAGAGACUAUUGCCGGCGAAGGUAUGCCGGUAUGGCACGAGGAAGGCGAAAGCGUCUACCACACGCACGAGUUUGGCAACCUGUACGUUACGUACGAGGUCAUUCUGCCAGAUCAGAUGGAUAAGAAGAUGGAAAACGAAUUUUGGGAUCUGUGGGAGAAGUGGCGGUUGAAGAAAGGAGUAGACCUGCAUAAAGAUAGCGGGCGACCCGAUAUUAAGCAUGAGCGCGAUGAGUUAUGA